UGGUGUGAGCCUGCCCACGUUGCCGUCCCCAGCUUGAGGCCCCUCUAGGACUGAGGGGAGGAUCUCGGGCGCAGCUGGAGCCGCGUCGGCCCCGUGGAUGCUGAGCAGUUUGUGUCUCCCUUGCCUUUGGUAACGCUGCCCCGGGCACCGGCGCGAGCCUGAGCAGCGCAGCACACCAGGGGAUCACUGACGUAUUUUUUCCCCUCUUGUCAUUGACUUGUUUAAGGUGAAAAAGUAAAGCAGCAGGAGCAAAUCCAGUUUGCAGAUGACAUGCAGGAGUUCACCAAGUUCCCGACCAAGACUGGCCGCCGGUCCCUGUCCCGUUCCAUCUCGCAGUCUUCCACAGACAGCUACAGCUCCGCUGCCUCCUACACAGACAGCUCUGACGAUGAGGUGUCCCCCCGUGAGAAGCAGCAAACCAACUCCAAAGGCAGCAGCAAUUUCUGUGUGAAGAACAUCAAGCAGGCAGAGUUUGGACGCCGGGAGAUCGAGAUCGCCGAGCAGGACAUGUCUGCUCUGAUUUCACUCAGGAAGCGAGCUCAAGGGGAGAAGCCUUUGGCUGGAGCUAAAAUUGUAGGCUGUACACACAUUACAGCACAGACCGCGGUGCUGAUCGAGACGCUGUGUGCGCUGGGAGCGCAGUGCCGCUGGUCUGCCUGUAACAUCUAUUCCACCCAGAACGAGGUGGCGGCCGCCUUGGCAGAAGCAGGUGUUGCUGUGUUUGCCUGGAAAGGGGAGUCAGAGGAUGACUUCUGGUGGUGCAUUGACCGCUGUGUUAACGUAGAAGGCUGGCAGGCCAACAUGAUUCUGGAUGAUGGUGGGGACCUGACCCAUUGGGUUUAUAAGAAGUACCCCAACAUAUUCAAGAAGAUUCGAGGGAUUGUGGAGGAGAGUGUGACUGGUGUGCACAGGCUGUACCAGCUCUCCAAGGCCGGGAAGCUCUGUGUCCCAGCCAUGAACGUGAAUGACUCCGUCACCAAACAGAAAUUUGACAACCUGUAUUGCUGCCGGGAAUCCAUCCUGGAUGGCCUGAAGAGGACCACAGAUGUGAUGUUUGGAGGAAAGCAAGUGGUGGUUUGUGGCUAUGGGGAGGUCGGCAAGGGAUGCUGUGCUGCUCUGAAAGCCCUGGGAGCGAUCGUCUACGUCACGGAGAUUGACCCCAUCUGUGCUCUCCAAGCCUGCAUGGAUGGGUUUCGUGUGGUGAAGCUGAGUGAAGUAAUCCGUCAGGUCGACGUCGUCAUCACCUGCACAGGAAACAAGAAUGUUGUGACCAGAGAACACCUGGAUCGGAUGAAAAACAGCUGCAUUGUGUGCAACAUGGGCCACUCCAACACGGAAAUCGAUGUGACCAGCCUCCGGACCCCCGAGCUGACCUGGGAGCGCGUCCGCUCACAAGUGGACCACGUCAUCUGGCCGGACGGGAAGCGGGUGGUGCUGCUGGCCGAGGGCCGUCUUCUCAACCUGAGCUGCUCCACAGUUCCCACCUUUGUCCUCUCCAUCACGGCCACCACUCAGGCUCUGGCUCUGAUCGAGCUUUACAAUGCUCCCGAGGGCCGCUACAAGCAGGACGUGUACCUGCUGCCGAAGAAGAUGGAUGAGUACGUUGCCAGCUUGCACCUGCCUUCGUUUGAUGCCCACCUGACGGAACUGACGGAUGAUCAGGCAAAAUACCUGGGACUCAACAAAAACGGGCCUUUCAAGCCCAACUACUACAGAUACUGAUGGACCAUACCUAUGAAGGACCAGACCACACAAGGCAACAUUAGAGAGAUUAUUUUUAAAAAUCAUUUUAUUUUGGCCUUUUUUUUUAAAAAAAAACCGACAAAGAAACCUGUUUUUACAUUUAUCAGUGUGAUUUUAAGGUCACCUAUUUUUUUUCCUCCUGAGUUUCACCCUUUUAUGUGAUCACAUCUCUGUCUGAUCUUGGCAGACAACCUGGGAUUUGCUUCCUGCUUUGAUGUGGCUGAAGCCGCUGGUGGCUCCCAGCCCUGGUUCCCUUUCCUGGUGUGCGAAGGGCAAUUAAUUCCUGCAGUGGUGUUUUUUUGACCUUUCCAGCCCAUGUUAGUCUCGUCCAGGAUAUCGGCAGAUAUGGAGAUGCUGUUCUACCUUAACUUACAUUUUCUUUCUUUGUGUGGAUUAUCUGCAACUUCUAAAUUGCCUUAAAGAGCCCAGUUUUAGCUGCUAGAUCUGUGCUCCUAGCUCUGCCUGGGAGCAGAGUGGCGCCUGCUGGCCACCUCGUGAAUAGGUGACUGUCCCCACCCGGCCAGGGUCCCUGUGCAGAGGUGGCCACUGGCCUGGGUUUGGCUGGCUGGGUACGGGGAGCUCACUGUUCCAGGGUGCUAAUCUGAAUUUGGACGGGGUCACUCACCCAGCGUUAU